GGCUCUGCCGUCUUGCUAACUUUUCCUUUCAAAGCAUCCUCUCUCAAAUCCUCGAAAGCCAUUCAGUUCAUGAGCAGAAGACGAUCUCCCUCCCCUCAUCAGUCCGAAUCCACAAUGUCAUCGCCUGUGGGCUCGGGCUGUUCCCCGGAUUACUUUGGCGAAGACAUUUUUCCUCUGAUAGAUCCUUAUGAGGAUCCUGUGGGGCAGUGGACGCAGUCUGGCCUUUUGGUUCAGGAUGCAGAUCCUUUUGGUUUCACGAACCAAGAAGGAUUGCGUGAGACGAGUUCGGGCUCCAUGCCUCAAAUGGCCAUGGACCUUCCGGUGCUCGACGGUGGUUUUCUUCCCGGGACGACAACUCCAGGAGAACGAAACAUCUUCGCUCGCACUACAAACCUGUUUACUGUCCUUGGCCCGGAUGUUCACACAAGAGUGCUUGGCAAAAGGAGAUGCGGAAGCACUUCAACUCCCACCAGUCGAAGAAGUCUUGCGAGUGUCCUCUUUGUCCUGUAA